UUCCUCCUCGAAGCUUCGCAUAUCACGAGGUACUCGUUCUGCUAUCUGCCGCGGGAGCCAUUUCUCCUUCCUUCUUCUCCGUUUCUGUUACUCUGAUCGCGAGCUCCACCCGAUUUCAUCGUUUGAUUUGGGGAUUUGUACAGUAGGAUUCGAUUCAAAUGUCUGCGGCUACUGCACCCUUGAACAAAAUUGAGCGAGCCCACCAGAUGUACCGUGAGGGGCUCUAUGUCGAUGCCCUUAGAUUUUACACUGAAGCGCUUGCCAUGGCCAAGACCAAGUCCCAGAGGAUUGCGCUGCAUAGUAACAGAGCUGCUUGCCACUUGAAACUUCAUGAUUUUAAGAAGGCAGCAGAAGAAUGUACGUGGGUUCUUGAACUUGAUCAUAAGCACACUGGAGCGCUAAUGCUCCGUGCCCAGACUCUUGUCACACUCAGGGAAUACCAUUCUGCUCUGUUUGAUGUCAACCGACUUAUAGAACUGAACCCAUCAUCAGAAGUUUAUCAAAAUCUUCAAACUCGUCUCAAGACGCAAUUGUCACUUGCUCCAAUACCUGAAUCAGAAGCAGAGUUUGAAGAAGAGGAGGAAGAAGAAUAUGAUGUUGAGUUCAAUGACUAUGCAGCCAAUGAGAAGUGCAAUGAGGGAAAAGGAAAUGUUAUAGCUCCAAGUAUUGUUCAGGUACAGAAACCUGAGCACGAUUGCAAUUUGAUAAAAACUACCCUUAUCCAGACAACUCGGGGCGACAGUGGAUUAUCUGAUGAAAAAAUGGGCAAUCAGAAAGCUGAGGUGAAAAACACCACAAAAAGUGAAGUUGUUGUCCUUCAAGCUCAGAGCAAGAAGGGCACGACCGACGUGGGUCCCAAUGGCUGGCAAACAAUCCCGAAACCAAAAGGACACUCGACUUUAGACUAUGCACGUUGGGAUAGAGUUGAGGACGAUUCCAGUGAAGACGACGAUGAUGAUGAAGAGGAGUCGGGACCUCAAUUUCGUUUUCGUGUCAGAACUGUUGGCGUUAAACCUGUGAAAUGAACUGAAUAUACAUGAUACAAUCAAAUGCCUUGCUGUCUUGAUAGAAAGACGAAACACUGAGCAACUCUGAGCUUCGUGGAUAUGGAAGUUCAUUUGUUUAAGAUCAGUACUGUUGAGACCUUCAGACCUAUGUAAUGUGUAGUUGGUCAGACGCAAAAUUAGCACCGUGGAUCUUAUCGACGAGCAAGCUUUGCACGUAAAGAUUUUAUACAAAGCUUGAGCUGACGCUGUUUCGUUUGAGUUAUGUGUCUGCUGUACAACAUCAAUUUCUGGGUGGUUAUCAGAAAUGGAGAUCCCGUCUUGGAUAUGUAAGACAUCUCUGGUAUAUAAUGUUCAAAACCUGUUUCUGUUUCUUGAGAAAAGAUAGUAUAUACUAUUAUAUGCCGCUGUCCGCUACUGAUUGAUGGUAGACUCAGCAGCACACAAAGUUCAAAUUUGAUGAAAUUGGGAAGAACAAAUACUUGUAUGAUAACAACUGAAUGAAUUGUUAAUUCUCUGCUCCUUCGCGUA